GCAGAGCGCGUCCCUGCGCCUCGCGCUGAAAACGGGGGAUGCCUCCUUCCACCAGAGCUCAAACCCACUCCCCGUUUUCCGUGAAACUGUGACAAGGAAAAGCCCUGUGUUGUUUCUUUAGUAACACUGUCACAAAGCUCAUGCACAGCGAGCUUUCUCCACCUCCUCCAGCGCUCACAGGACUCCUCCAGGAUGCUGAAGAACAAGCCUCACAUCGGGCACAAAGUGGCAGGCUGCUGGAUUUUCCUCUCGCUAUUUCAUAUAAACUUCUCAGCCAGCAGCUCAGGAAAAGGCUCACAGAGCCAAGAUGAUAUGCACGUUAUCCACAACAACCAACUGGACCUGCGGGAGAUAGUGUUCGUCCUCCAGAGUCAAAGCAACUCCUUCCAUGAGAGACAGGCAGAGAGACGGAGAGCUGAUUUACUGAAGCAGGCACAAGGUCUCUCAGAGAAAUCACCGAUGGUGUUGCUUCUUCACACUUUAUCAGAUAACGAGGGAGAUUGGAGCAUCCUUCCUCUGCUGCCUUACUUAUCACACUCCUUUGGGAAAAACUCAUCCUGGAUCGUGUUUCUUGAGGAGGAAACAAAUGUGAAGAUGACUAAACUUGUUCAAGUCCUUGCAAAAUACGACAAGAAUAAAGAAUGGUUUCUCGGUAAGCCCCUCCAUGAUGCAGAGUCGACCAUCAUCCAUCACUACGCCUUCGCAGAGAAUCCCUCUGUCUUCAGAUAUCCAGACUUUGCUGCUGCCUGGGCCUUAAGCAUCCCGCUUGUUGUUAGGCUUGCAAAUAAAGUGAAAGAUGAGCCACUUAAAUCUGACUUCACCAUUGACCUGAAACAUGAGGUUGCCUUGUAUAUCUGGGACAACGGCAACGGCCCACAUCUCACUGCUGUCUCUGAGCUGUGCACCGAGCCAGAGGACUCCCCUCAGACCAGCCACUGUGCCACCACGCUGAGUGGCAAGCCUCCACUGUGUGGGGAGCCUGUAAAUAAAGAAGAUCUAUUUGUUGCUGUGAAAACGUGUAGGAAGUUUCACAGUGAAAGAGUUCCAGUAAUAAAGAAGACCUGGGAAAAAGAUGCCUUAUAUUUGGAGUACUACAGUGACCAUGCAGAUCCUUCGAUACCCACCAUUGAUUUGGGAGUACCAAAUACAGAGAGAGGACACUGUGGGAAAACAUUCGCCAUCCUGCAAAGAUUUCUGAGCAGCUCUGUCCCAAACACCAAGUGGCUUCUUGUUGUGGACGAUGACACACUAAUCAGCCUCCCCAGACUGCAUGUGCUGCUGAGCUGUUACGACCCCUCUGAACCCGUGUGUUUAGGAGAGAGGUAUGGAUACGGCCUGAGCCAAGGCGGCUACAGCUACAUCACAGGAGGCGGGGGGAUGGUGUUCAGCAGGGAGGCUGUGGUCCGUCUUCUUGACAGCGGCUGCAAGUGCUACAGCAACGACGCUCCAGAUGACAUGGUGCUGGGAAUGUGCCUCAAUGCUCUGGGACUCCCAGUCACACACAGUCCGCUCUUCCACCAGGCCCGCCCUGAGGACUAUUCCAGAGACUUUUUAGCUCACCAGGUGCCCAUUUCUUUCCAUAAACACUGGAAUAUCGACCCCGUCGCUGUUUUCAACAAAUGGCUGAAGGACGACCCCAUGGCCAAAACUUCAGAUGGACUUACUAAGAGCGCUAAGACGGAGUUAUAGGAUUUUUAAGCAAACUGAGGCCUGUAUGAACAUAUAUGUAUGUACAGAGAGCGUGAGUGUGAGAGCGGGUGUCUGUGUUAUGAAGUCAUGGAAGUGAUCAGUUUUCCUUCACAGCUGUAAAUGUUUUUGUAUUGUUGAUGUUGAACUGUUCAAAGAGGGACAGUGUGUGUGUGAAUCCAUGACUUAAUAUGUGGGAGUUUGACUGAGCUGCAUGUUGAGGUCGUGUUUUUUUGAAUUGUGGAUGUAAUAUGUGUAUAUUUAUAUCAUAUUAAUAAUCUUUGGGAGGUACUAUAACUUUAAAAAAAGCAUCACUAAUGCUGUACAAUGCGCUCUAUUUUGACAUAAAAUUAUGAAUAUUUGAAACUAUCUGGCUUUGCUUCUUCACGGGGGGCCUUUUAAGGGAAAGUGUAGAUCAGCCUUGUAUGAAUUACAGUACCGUGAAAAA